UCAGGUUCACAGAACAAUGACACUAAAAGACAGUUUCUUCUAGAACGGCUGCUGGAUGCAGUUAAACAGUGUCAAAUACGGUUUGGAGGAAGAAAAGAAAUUGCUUCGGACUCUGAUAGCAGAGUCACUUGUUUGUGUGCUCAGUUUGAAGCUGUGUUACAGCAUGGUCUGAGGAGGAGCCGAGGAUUAGCAUUAACAGCAGCAGCGAUCAAACAGGCAGCAGGUUUCUCCAGUAAAACUGAAACAGAGCCAGUGUUUUGGUACUAUGUGAAAGAAGUUCUGAAUAAACAUGAACUGCAGCGCUUUUACUCUCUGAAGACAAUUACUACAGAUAUUGGUAGAGGCCGGGCUUGGUUGCGCUGUGCAUUAAAUGAACAUUCCCUGGAAAGAUAUGUUCAUAUGCUGCUUGCAGAUAAGAAUCGACUCAGUGUCUUCUAUGAAGACUGGUCUUUUAUGAUGGAUGAAGAACGUUCUAGUAUGAUCCCUACGAUGGCAGCUGGUCUGAACUCCAUUCUUUUUGCAAUCAACAUUGAUAAUAAGGAUUUAAAUGGGCAGAGCAAAUGCACACCCACUGUGUCUGAUUUGUUAAAGGAAUCAACGCAAAAUGUAACCUCGUUAUUGAAAGAAUCCACUCAGGGUGUUAGCAGCCUUCUUAGAGAGAUAACUGCAUCAUCUGCUGUCUCGAUUCUAAUAAAACCCGAUCAAGACACUGACCCACUUCCUGUUCUCUCAAAGAAUGUAAAUGCUGAUUUGAAAUAUAAAAAAGAUCGAAAAAAGAAAAAGAGAGUGACAAAUAUUAUCUCAUUUGAUGAAGAGGAAGAUGAGCAAAAUUUGGGGGAUGCCACAAAGACUCUGAUUACAGGAGAAAGUUCAGAGGAGAGUGUCGACAGAUAUCUUUUCGCUCGUCUUUUUUCUUUUCCAUUGUUUAAACCAUUUGAGCCACUGUGGCCUCAUGAAAUAGGCACAUGCAAUUCUCAGAUAUGCAGCUGGACUCCUCUUCAGGUCCUGAAUGAUGACUCAGAUGUUCUAUUUCCUGUCAGUGCCGUUGGCUCUUACUCGCAAACAG